CUUGAAGUGUGUAUAAAUAGAGAAGUAACUGAUCCGUAAAUACAAACAUUAAUAACAAAUAAAAAAAACAAUGUUGUCUCUACUCUCUAUUGUAUUGACUUUUCUUUCUCUUAUUAUCAUGCCUUGUCUCUUCGUCUCUUGGCGUCUACGUGUUCCCCUCUCCAUUACAAAUAUCCGCAGAUUCAUCAAAACCGCAGCUUCUCAAUGCAAUGAUAAAGAAGAGAGCGGUACAACCGGAGAGAAGGAGAAAGGAGGGAGACUGCCAAAGCAUGUGGCGAUCAUAUUGGACGGAAACAGACGUUGGGCAGAGAAACGAGGACUCGGGCCAUCGCAAGGUCAAGAAGCCGGAGCGAGAACUGUUAUGGAGAAUGUUAAGGACUAUUUCUCUAUGGGGAUUAACACUGUUUCACUCUUUGCUUUCUCCACUGAAAAUUGGGGAAGACCCGGGGAUGAAGUUAAGUACAUAAUGGACAUGUUUGAGAAAAUCGUCAAGUCUGAGAUGCCUAACUUGCGCAGAUAUGGCGUCAAAGUCUCGGUCAUCGGAAAACGGACGAAUAUUCCGGAGUCACUUCUACAUUUGAUAGGAGAAGCAGAAGAAGCUACAAAGAACAACAAAGAGAAGCAACUCAUUGUGGCGUUAGACUAUAGUGGAAAGUUCGAUAUUUUACAAGCAUGCAAAAGUCUUGCUGAAAAGGCAAAAAACGGGCUGAUCAAUGUAGAGGACAUCGACGAAAAUCUGAUGGACAAAGAGUUGAUGACAAGCUGUAGUGAGUUCCCGAACCCUGACCUAUUGAUUAGAACAAGCGGAGAACAAAGGAUUAGUAACUUCUACCUAUGGCAAUCAGCUUACACAGAGCUUUACUUUCCUAGUGUUCUAUGGCCUGACUUCGGAGGAGCUGAGUAUUUCGAGGCCUUGGAUUGGUAUCAGAAGAGGCAGAGGCGAUUCGGUCUAAGGGUUUAAACUUUCAGUUUUUUUUAUGUAUUACUAAUAAAUGGUUUAACUACUCAAUAAUGUAUGCGUUUGUUUUCACGUUUACUAGUUCAAGAUGCUCCUUCAGUUGUUAUUGUUUCUA